AUUAGAAGAGAACACACAGCACUAAGUAGUGAGCUGCUUGAAGGGCAUGAUGGUCAAAUUUAAAAUUAACCAAUUAUUAGUGUAUGUACUUCGGAGUGCUGCUGUCAUCUUUGAUGACUCCUGGCUACCAUAUUGCAUGCCAAUUUUGGGUGACUAGUUUUGAGCACUGUUUUAGAGAAACAAAUCUUGUUGCCCAUGAACUCAGCAAAGCUAGCAAAACGUGUUGUAUAUGUACUGUAAUAGUUUCGCCAAUUUCAAUUUUGUUAAUUCCGUCAAUUGAUCAGUAUAUUCCGUAUAUAAUUCUUAGCCGGGCUCCGGCCUCUUUCAGCGGAUUCGAAGGAAAAGAAAAAGGAUGAGCCGGUCGUGCUCGCCCUUCAGCAAGUAAAGCAGAGCAGAAACUGGAACGCGAUGCUCCCACUUGCAAAAAAAGAAAUACAAAAGCGCAGGCGCAGCAACAGCUGACCGGUUAAAUACUUUGUCAAUCGAUGCAAUUCAAACCACGCUGCAUUUUAAAAGUUAAAACCGCCGGCGCUCGCUGAGUUGUAUUUGGCAGAACGCACUUGACGCGCAGCGGUAAGAAGAACCAGUACCAGGCGAUGGAGGACAGGCCAGCGGACAUGGCGCCGGUGCACGUGCUGGUGUUCCCCUGGCCGCUGCAGGGCCACAUCAACUCCAUGCUCCCCUUCGCCGCGGGCCUCCUCGGCGCCGGCGUGCACGUCACCUUCCUGCACACGGAGCACAACCUCCGCCGGGUCGACCGCGCCGCUUCGCCACGCCUCCGCUUCGCGUCCGUGCCGGACGGCCUCCCCGACGACCACCCGCGCUCGGUCGCCCACCUCAGCGAGAUCGGCAGGUCCCUGAGGCCGAGCGCCAGCGCCGCGUACCGCGCCCUGCUCGCCCCGGCGCUCUCCGCUGGAAGCCACGCUGAUGGCGGGUUCCCGCCGGUGUCGUGCGUCGUGGUCGAUGGCUUGCUGCCGUUCGCCAUCGAUAUCGCUGAGGAGCUCGGCGUGCCGGCGCUCGCUUUCCGCACGGAGAGCGCGUGCAGCAUAUUGGCCUACCUCUCCGUGCCCGGGCUCGUGGAGCUCGGCGAGGUUCCCGUCCCUGUAGGCGCCGACCUCGACGAGCCGGUCCGUGGCGUUCCGGGGAUGGAGGGCUUCCUGCGGCGGCGAGAUCUUCCAAGUUCUUGCCGCGGCCACGGCGAGGUCGACGAACUCGACCCCAUGCUGCAGGUACUCGAUGAUGAAUACACCGCUCACAGCUGCACGGCUCGGGCGCUCAUAUUCAACACGACCGCCUCACUGGAGCGGUCGGCGCUCGCACACAUCGCGCCGCACAUGCGCGACGUCUUCGCCAUAGGCCCUCUCCACGCCAUGUCGGCCGCGCCGGCGUCGGCCACCAGCCUGUGGCGCGAGGACGAUGGCUGCAUGGCGUGGCUCGAUGGGCACGCGGACCGGUCCGUCGUGUACGUGAGCCUGGGGAGCCUCGCCAUCAUUUCGCGGGAGCAGUUCACCGAGUUCCUGUCCGGCCUCGUCGGCGCCGGCUACGCGUUCCUGUGGGCGUUCCGGUCGGACAUGGUCGGCGCGAGCCAGAGCGCCGCUCUCCAGGAAGCCGUCGACGCGGCGGGGAAGAGAAAGGUGCGCGUCGUGGACUGGGCACCGCAGCGGGACGUGCUGCGGCACCGCGCCGUGGGGUGCUUCCUGACGCAUGCCGGGUGGAACUCCACGCUGGAGGGCAUCGUGGAGGGCGUGCCUCUGGUGUGCUGGCCGUUUUUCGCGGACCAGCAGAUCAACAGCCGGUUCACGGCCGCCGUGUGGGGGACAGGGCUGGACAUGAAGGACGUGUGCGAGAGGGCCGUCGUGGAGCGGAUGGUGAGGGAGGCCAUGGAGUCCGGCGAGCUAAGGAGGUCGGCUCAGGCGCUGUCGCAGCAGGUGAGGAGGGACAUCGCCCAAGGGGGCUCCUCGGUGUCGGAAUUCGAGAGGCUCGUGAAAUUUAUCAAGGAGCUCACCGCCAACGGCGCCCACAAAUAG